AGAGGACUGAUUUCUCAAUGAAGCGGAGCGGAGAGCCGCUGAGAGUGGCGGGGGAGGCAGGGUGCGGGACAGACGUAGGACUCAGUGCACUGACACGCAAACCCAGGCGGGCUCUGAACACAGACAGGGACUUCACUCCCCCGCGUAUCACGGACUCUGAGGCUUCAGCGACGGUCACAUUCGUUGCCAGGAAACAAGGAGAGCAUGUUUGCCCCCAAGAGCUUGGCACCGGCUUCCCUCCUGACUCUGCUUCCACUUCUCUGCAUCACUGCAGCCACAGUUAACAGCAGCUGCCCCCGAGUGUGCUCCUGCCUUUCAUCACCCCCUAUCUGCCCGCCGGGGGUCAGCCUGGCCACCGACGCAUGCGGCUGCUGCAGGGUCUGCGCCCGCCAGUUCAACCAGGACUGCAGCCCCAGCCAGCCCUGUGACCACAUCAAGGGUCUGCGCUGCCAGAUGGCUGCAAACGGCGACCCAGAUCGGGGGCUCUGCCGGGCUGAUGCGCAGGGCCGGCCAUGCGAGUUCGGCGGGCGCCUCUACCAGCACGGCGAGCAUUUCCAGCCCAGCUGCCAACACCAGUGCAGCUGCAUGGAUGGAGUGCUGGGUUGCAUGCCGCUGUGCCCGCACCGCAUGCCACUGCCGGACCCGCGCUGCGCCAGCCCGCGCCUCCAGCGCCCUGAGGGCCGCUGCUGCGAGGAGUGGGUCUGCGAGGACAGCAACCAUGUGGGUGAGGGUCCCCCGGGGCCCCCGGCUCACCCCAAUGCCAUCAACAGCGCACUGCUGCCACCACCGCCGGACUCCCGCCACCCUGGCGCUGCGGGUACAUUCCAAGAGUGGAAGUCCCGCCCCCGCUCCUUUGUCCAGUCCCUGCAGACCGCCCAGUGCCUGCCGCAGACCACCAAUUGGUCGGAGUGCUCUGCCACUUGUGGGAUGGGCGUGUCCAGCCGUGUGACCAAUAGCAACGCAGAGUGCCAGCUCGUCAGGGAGACACGACUGUGCCAGAUCCGGCCGUGUGACCCGGAGGUCAGACCGCAGCUCAAGAGAGGCAAGAAGUGCCAGCGAACGGUGUGGCCCCGGCAGCCUGUGCGCAUCACGUUCGCGGGCUGCUCCACGGCAAAGUGGUACCGGCCGCGCUCCUGCGGCUCCUGCUCGGACAGCCGCUGCUGCACCCCCUCACUGACGCGCACGGUGCGGCUGCGCUUCCACUGCCCCGACGGCGAGAGCUUCACACACCGCCUCAUGUGGAUCCGCCGCUGCCGCUGCCAGCGACACUGCCCCACCCACGGAAACGCCUCCGGGCCGUCUAUCAGCCUCCACAAUGACGUCCACACCUACGCCCACUGAGGCCUAUUUACCUGCAGCCCCCCCCCCCCCCC